AUGCUAGCCGAGUUUGAUGAAAAGUGUAGAAAGAUCGGUCUUCAGCUGAACCUAGAAAAGACGAUGUUUAUGAGGGACGGAAGGGCUCCUGAUGCCCCAUUCACGCUUAGCGGGAGAAAUAUAUUCGGAUCUGUAUAUGUAGGUCGAGAACCUGACACGAAAAACGUCCUGACCCCCAAGCCGGGCAGAAGGAAACGAGCAGCUUGGGGAGCACCGAAAAGCAUCAAGGAUGUAGUGAAGAGGACUAAGAACAUCCGGCUCCCUGCUCACAUAUUCAACACCACCGUUCUUUCUGCUUUGACUUACGCUUCAAAAACAUGGGCGUUUUGCAAGCAGGAGGAAAAUGCGAUCAGCAUCAUAGAACGCGGAAUUGAAGAGGUGAUGCUAGGAGUAACCCACUUUACGCAAUUGAAAGAAGUUCACUCCUACGUCACCAAUCGAAGAUCAGAGACGUUGCCGCAUAGAUGCCGCCGCAAGGAAAGCAAAAUUAGGUGGGCCGCGCACGUGAUGGGUUUCAACGACAAUCGUUGGACCAGAGCCGUAAGCGACUGGAUACCACGCGACAUCAAACGCACCGCAUGA